AUGAAGUUCCCGCUCCUCUCGACACUCCUCCUGUCUGGAGGCUUUGUCUGCGCCUGCGAUAACGACCGGUGCGCUAACACGGUCACUCGCACGGUCUGGAACGUCCGUACCAGAAAAUUCACAGAGACCUUUACGAAAUUAAUCCCAUACACCACAACAUCAACAAAAUACGUCCCCGGCGACGUCCAGAAGAAAACCGUCACACUCUUCACAAGCACAAAAACCCAUGUCGUCUCGACCAUCAUCAAAGACGGCAUCGUCACCACCACGACGCUGACCAUGCCCGGCGGAUACCCGACCGUCACCGUGUCCGGUGCUGGCGAGGUCACCACCGUCACUAUUCCCGGCGCGGGGGAAAUGACCACUGUACAAUGCCUUUCAUUUGAGAUGUGCAAGAGACGGAAGUGCGGGGAAAUAUCGGUGCUCCACUUUUGGACGGCUGUCGAUCGACAUUGA